AUGUCCCACCAGCGCGUGAGGCGCAACGGCUCCCCGACCCCGGCCACCUCCCUCGGAGGAGGAGGCGCGGCGGCGGCGGGUGGCGGAGCGGGAGCGAGCAGCCGCCUCCAGCCCAUGCGGGCCACGGUGCCCUUCCAGCUCAAGCAGCAGCAGCAACAUGGCAGCCCCACGAGGAGCGGCGGCGGCGCGAGUGCCCCGGGCGGGGGUCUCCCACGCGCGGCGCCCGCCUCGCGCAGCAUCAGCCCCACGCGCGCGGCGCCCACCGGCAGCGGCAACGGCGGGCGCGGCGGCCCCGCCACGGCCACGCAGACGCCGGGGGGAGGGGGAAGCAGCGCCGCCGCCUCAGCGGCCGCCGCCGCCUCCUCGCGGGGCAGCCCCACGCGUGCCGGCGGGGCGCGGGGGAGCCCCCCGCGGCCCCACCACCUACCGCCGCCUCCUCCCCCGCCGCCGCUGGGCUGCGGGUCCUCACCUUGCUCUUCUCCGGUGCCUCCGCUGCCGGAGGGCAGCGCUACAGCGGCGGGCAGGGUCCGGCACCGGCGGCACUCGCCGGAGCAAGGCAGGAGCUCCCCGGAGAGGAAGAGCCCCAGCUCCCCCGUCUGCAAAGCUGACAAAUCAAGACCACCUUCAUCAAGCCCUUCCAGUGUUAUUCGCCGGACUUCCUCAUUGGAUACACUUGCUGCUCCAUACCUUGCUGGACAGUGGCCUCGUGAUAAUCAUGGACAAGCGGCUCCAUGUAUGAGAGACAAAGCCACACAGACAGAAAGUGCCUGGGCUGAAGAGUAUUUAGAAAAGAAGAGAAGCUCACACAAACGUUCAGCAUCGUGGGGCAGCAAUGAUCAACUCAAGGAGAUUGCAAAAUUGCGUCAACAAUUGCAGAGAAGCAAACACAGCAGUAGGCAUCAUCGCGAUAAAGAAAGACAGUCUCCAUUUCAUGGUAACCAUGCAGCCAUUAACCACAGUCAGGCUCCCAUCCCAAAGAGUGCUCUUGUUCCUGUGAUACCUAUUGCCAAAUCAACAGGAUCACGAUUCCGAAACAGUGUAGAAGGACUGAAUCAGGAGAUUGAGAUAAUAAUUAAGGAGACGGGGGACAAAGAGGAACAGCUUGUUCCUCAAGAUAUUCCAGAUGGGCACCGUGCACCACCUCCGUUGGUUCAGCGUAGUAGUAGUACUCGCAGCAUUGAUACCCAAACGCCUGGUGGAGCAGACAGGGGUAGUAACAACAGCAGCCGCUCCCAGUCAGUAUCUCCAACCUCAUUUCUUACCAUCUCUAAUGAAGGCAGUGAAGAAAGUCCAUGUUCUACAGAUGAUCUGCUUGCUGAUUCCAGAGAUAAAGAGAAUGGGAAUAAUUCUCCCUUGCCAAAAUAUGCUACCUCACCAAAACCCAACAACAGCUACAUGUUCAAGCGUGAACCUCCAGAGGGCUGUGAAAAGGUGAAGGUCUUUGAGGAAAGCUUGCCAAAGCCACUGCAUGAAAUUCCAGCCUUCUACUGCCCUGACAAGAACAAAGUGAAUUUCAUUCCUAAAAGUGGCUCUGCUUUCUGUCUUGUCAGCAUCCUCAAGCCACUUCUUCCCACACAGGAUCUCACACUUAAGGGCACUACACACAGCCUGACUGUCUCCUCUGGCAUGACGCCCGGUUUGUUACAGCCCAUUUCUAUGGCCUCCUUGUCUACAAACACAGAUCAAGACAGGAUCUCUCGUGGCACAAGUACAGUAAUACCACAGACCUCUAUACUCCAGCAAUCGGGACAUAUUGAGGAAGCUGAAGGAUAGAUUUAGAUUGUCUUGACAUUUUUCUGGGCAACUACUGGGAAAAAAUUGGAACCAGUUGACUGGACCUUUCUGAUCACACUAUUUGCAUUGUUUUAACAAUUUAUGACACUGUCAAAAUUGAACUGUUUGUAUAAUUGACAGUUUGGUAGCAUAUUGAGAAGUUCAGGAGGAUGCAGCAGCUGAUACUCUGUUGCACUUUCUGCUUAUGAAGACUCUGGUUCUUUUUCUCCCCUGCUUUUUUAAACACUGGUGAAAACAAAGACUGUCAUAAUCCUUCGCCAUUUAAAGGACCAGUUGUUGUGAUGCUGUGUGUCCUUUGACUUUUUUCCCAUUAAAACAAAAAUCUCAAGACCAACCAGCUGAUCCCAUUUACCAUUGUAAUCUGCAGAGGGAGGGGCAAUCAGAUGGUUUUGCAAGAUGUCUUUUGUAUGAAAAUGUGUAUUUUGUAACAAAAAUUUGCCUUUUCU